GUGUGGACGCCAUUUUAGGUGUGGAGUUGUCGUUUAUGUUUCACAAAUGAACAAUAUUUGAAGGAUAUCGGUAAAUGCCAACUUUACACAUAGACCAGGCAGGCACUGCUUUUAUCAGAGAAACGUCUUUGGUGUUUUUCAAGCGAUAAGAUGACUAUUCUGCCAAAGAAGAAACAGUCAAAAGAUAAGUCUGAUACGGAAACAACCGACCAUUCGCAUACAGCAACACACAACCAUUCUCACAGCCACAACCAUUCACAUUCUCACUACCAUCACGCUAACUCCAGUGAAACAAGACACGAGAAAGGUGCUAGAGGAAGAACUUCACCUACAAGAUGGCUUCCUUCAACGUCAAGGGAAGAAAAAGUUCCAACUCACGAUCCUGGUGGUGGGACAUUCGAGAACCAUGAAAGUUCGUCGUUGACAUCGUCGCAUAAUAAACGGCGUCAUCGGUCGUCGCCACACAGGACUGUCAGGAAGCACAGGGGUCAUUCCGCGAAUGUACCCCCUCUGUCCCCACACAGUCCAACUGAAGGACCCUCCCAGGAAUGUGAGGACCCGUACAAUAGUGAAGAUGAACACAGUCCACCCACUUUGCCGGAGGACAUCAAGGAGCUGGAGAGAUGGUUUGAAAAUGCUAUGAAGGAAAAGAAAGGAUUUCUUAUAAAGAAGAUGAAGGAGGAUGGUGCUUGUUUAUUCAGGGCAGUCGCGGACCAGGUUUAUGGAGACCAGGAGAUGCAUUCUUGUCUACGCAAACACUGUAUAGAUUAUAUGAAAAAAAAUGCUGAGUUCUUUUCUCAGUAUGUUACUGAAGACUUUACAACAUACUUGAACAGAAAGAGGAUAGAAAGUUGCCAUGGCAACCACCUUGAAAUGCAGGCCAUGUGUGAACUGUUCAACCGACCAAUAGAGGUCUACCAGUACAGUAUUGAACCAAUCAACACGUUUCACAGUGCCUACAAGACAGACAAUGAGCCAAUCAAGAUCAGCUACCAUGGUGGUGUUCACUACAACUCGGUCGUUGAUCCAUACAAAGCUACAAUUGGUGUUGGCUUGGGGCUGCCAGGACUGCAACCAGGACUUGCUGACAAGAACCAGAUGAAAGAUGCAGUGAAGAUGUCUGAGAACACCCAUAUAGAGAAGACAAUGCUGGAGGAUAAGAUUCGUGAAACAGACUGGGAGCUGACACAGGAGACCAUUGAGGAACAGGUGGCGCGGGAGUCAUAUCUUCAGUGGCUCAAGGAACAGGAGAAACAGGCUAACAGGCAGGGAGGGGCCCGUUCAGCCAGUGCCACAUGCAGCUCAUCCAGCGAGUACAGCCACAGCCUUUAUGAGUCGGCUGGCUCCCCCGAGACACGUGGGGGUGGACGGUCUCCACGAGUCCGUAGUGGACAGAACUCCACCCAGAACAGUCCCCAGAGGCUGGAUGGGGUGGACAACAGCCUGCCUCAUAUGGCCAGUCCCAACAUGCCUACUGCAGGCUGUUCCCAGUCUCCAAAGGUGGAGCAGUCCCUCUUGCCUAACAUAGCAGACAUUGAGGUGCCUGGCGCAGUCGGAGGAAGCUUUGAAGAAACUACUUCCAUCAUGAAUCAAAUCCCCCCUUCCAUGCUAGGGCUGUCGGAGUGGGACGAGGAUGACAUCCUGGCACAGGUGAUGGCUCAGUCCCAGCAGGAGUACCUGGAUAGUCUCAAGAAGCACAACACCCCAGCCAGCCAGUCCCCGAUCCUUCCCCCAUUGGAUGACAUCGCCAGCUGCAGCACGCCUGGUCUUAGUGAAUCCUUCCAUUACGACGACCCAAGCUAACACACGCCCACACCUGUAUCAUAAUAUAACCUAUUGUUAUACUCUAUCUCUCUAUAUAUACAUAACACAGAAGUACUCAGUGCUGGAGUGGUGGGGACAUUGGGUUUGAAACUGGGUAUUCUGUUGUGUAAUUUACAUAUUCCUUGUACCAAUGUUAGGGGUUGACGUCGAACUGAUGCAUUUAAAACCGCAAGAGUUAACUCUGUUCUUGACUCUGUGAAAGUAUCGGGGUGAAACUGCAGUGGAUUCUGCUCUGUAUGUGUUGUUCAACCUUAAGAUUUGUGCAUACAUGUAAAGAUGGAACUUUCUUACAUGUGAGCGUUAUCACACAUUAUAUGAACUGAUGCUGAUGUCAGUGUCAACCAGAGCAUUUGUCAUAACUGAAGGCUAUCUCUUUAUGUUCUUUUCUGUUACGAAGGUUUUUGUCAAGGUUUUCAGGUUUUUUUCUUCAGUUAUUAAGUUUGAUAAAUUUGCUCACCUAUGAUGAGAUUGGAUUGCAAUCCUGCUCAGUUCCAGGUAUACGGGGAUCUCUAAGGGUCAGCAGGUUAGUGUGGGAAUUGUUUGUACCCUACAAGAACAACUUAAAGUGUAAUGACAUGUUCCUGGCGGUGGGUAGUUCUGGCUGCUGCAGUGUUUGGAGCUUGUAUUUUGGGUACUGCAGUGUUUGGAGCUUGUACUGGAAGCAUGUAUUCCUGAUGGUUGUUUCUGAGUCCUAUUGUGUUUGGAGCUUGAACUGGGAGCAGGUAUUCCUGAUGGUUGUUCAGAAUGCUGCAGUGUUUGGAGCUUGUACUGGGAGCAUGUGUCCUUGAGGGUUGUUCUGAAUGCUUCAGUGUUUGGAGCUUGUGUUGGGGACAUGUGUUCCUGAUGGUUGUUCUGAAUGCUACAGUGUUUGGAGUGUGUAUCAGAGUGUGUGUUGACACAGUAGCAGUGUUUGGAGCUUGUAUUUGUAGGCAAGUUGUGUGGGCCACUUGCACAAAGAAAUCUAAGCGUUAAACUGUAGUAGGUCUACGUUAGAUGGUUACAAAGUUAAGCUGAAUUUACUUUGUUCAAGUGGGUCAAAAGAAUUGGAUCUGACUGCAGCAGUGUUUCGAGCUUGCAUUUGGAACAUUGGUUCCUGGUGGUUGGUUCAACUGCAACAGUGUAUGAAGCUUACAUGUCAAGCUAAUUUGAAGACUGCUCAAGCUCACCUGCCCUACUCUACAACUCACGUCAGCUCUUGCAGUACAACAUUCAUCACACUUACCCUCUAAUAUAUUUAUGUUAAGUUAAUUAACUUUAUGCAAUUGUUGUCUUUUUUUGUACGUUGUCAGUUAACUUUUCAUGCAAAUUUCUCAACAUAGUUAAUAUAAAGUGGCAAUUUCAAUGACUCAGUAUUUGCCCUUUUCAUGAGCUGAAAAGGUACCACAACCAGCCCACAUGGGAGAAAACAUUGAUUUGAUUUACGGAAAAGGAAAAAGUGAAUUUGAUUGUAGAAGAGUGUGUAUGGAACAGCCAUGAUAAACAGACAUAGCUUUUUCAGCCAUGUUAUUUUGGCCUGAAGUCAACAUCCCAAAACUGUGUUGUGAAAACCUAUAAAGUACAUAUUCAGGGUGGUUGUGUAUGUCCAUAGCCAAAAGGAGUCAAAACAACUUAAUGUUCGUCGACAGUCUGAAUUCUAAAAGCUAUGAAUGUCAUGUAUCCAUGGUUUUCAAAGCCUUAAUGUUGAGGGUCUCUCAUUUAUUGGACACAACUAUCCUGUCAGUUGGUACUUGUGUUGGUUAGAGUUUGUACAUUCUUACUGUCUCAAAAUAACUUUUGCAAGACAUAAUUUGUACUGCAUAAUCCAAAUUUUUCAGGAAUGGACAAGAUCUGUAACUAGAUUUGAUGUGUAGAGUUUCACCAAUCUGUGAGAAUUGAGUUGUCCUUGAGGUCACGGGUCAGUGGUCCUUGGGGUCACCAGUCCCUGAGCAUUGAGUGAUCCUUAGGGCUGCUUGUCAGUGAUCCUUGGAGUGACCAGCUGGAGAAAACUGAGAUGUCAUGUCCUUUUAGGUCACCUACAAAUUAAUGGGGAAGGUCAUGCCACUAAAUGGGUGAAAUAUUGUAGGAACUUAUGGGUCACCCGACCGUCAGUGGGUAUUGUAUAACCCGUUGUAUUCAACAGUCAGAGGGUAUUGUAUAACCCAUUGUAUUCACCAGUUAGUAGUCAUUAUAUGGCCCUGGGGUCAGAUGUCUAUAAACAAGUGGGCAGUGGACCCUGUCCUUGGUUUGUUAUAUCAUUCUACUUGGCUCAAGUUGAACUGCGAGGUCAGACCAUCAUCUGAUGCUUGUGUUUAGCAGGACUCCUGUGUAAGAAAUCUACACAUUCAUAAUUGAUCAUUCAUCCUCAGUUGUGAACAAACAUGGCUACUGCUAAUAAUCGCCAUAAAAUUUUGUAUUCUAUGCAUCCAAAAAGUGAUAUUGAUAAUUUUCUAAGAAAAACUUUUUAUUAUAUUUUUAUUUUAUUUCCAAAGAAAUGACUUAUUGAAAUAAAUAAACACUGUUCGCUAUACACCUUUAUAUAUGUUGAGGUUGUUAAUGUUUGUGUACAGGAUAUGAUUGUCUGAACUUUGUUAACCACAGAACCUAUUCAGAAGUGUAAGAUCACAUUGGUAUGCUCGUAUGUAGAGAUGAUUGUCAAAAUGUUGUUUUUUUAUAGAAUAUAUUCACUACGCACACAGACAAGGUCAUCUGAACUCAACUAAGGUCAAAGAUCUGUUCAUAAUACAUCCUAAUCAGGAAGCUUCACGUGAACUAGAGGUAGAGGGGUGCCUAGUCGUCGAAGGUGCUGCAAUUCACUGUGUAGUGUUGCAUCCUUUGGGCAUAUCAGAAACCUAAGGUCUUUGGUUCAGAUUCACCCUGAUCAUGUUUCUAGGUUUGUCAGCACCAUACCCUUGCUUGUGGGUUUCACCGAAGUGGUAAAAAUCGAAGACCUGUAUGAUUUUGGGAAUUCCAAAGCUGACUUGCCAUAUUUCUGAAAUACUGUUCAAAGCGACAAAAAACAACUCUCACUUACUCAUCUGACCUAACAAAGGUCCUUGUCACCGUUCAUCACACAUUAAGAAGCUUCAUCUGAACUCUCAAAUGUCCUUGAACAGUUCAUCACAUUGUCACUCAUCUUCUGAAUCAAUGUAGCACAGCUUACAGGCUAGCAUCUCACAGCUUAUUGCGCCAGAAGUUCUCCUACACCUUCUCACCUUGCAAUAGCAUGGAAAACUUACUGGCUGCCAGUGUGAUCUUUACUUCAUUGGUAUCAUGUCUCUUCACUGAAGAAGGUGAUCAUUUUGACAAUGUUUGUGAUGAUUGUUGCUUAGUCUCUUAAACAUCACUGAAAUGACUUUUACCCCCAAUGAAAUGAAAGCAUAUUCCUGUCUCUUAGGAUUCCGAAGGUGAUGUGUGCCUCCAACAUGGCCAUUGUUUAUCCUCUGGAUCAUAUGUAGUGAUCUAUGGAGGUCAUGCACACCUGGCAUUAACCAAUGGAAUUAAUGCACCAAAGCCCUUAGCCAAUCGGGCAGAUGCACAACAGGCAUGAGUUAGUCAGUGGAGGUGGACCAGGCUUUGGCCAGUGGAGAAGAGACACAGCUGGCAUUCACUAAGGCAAUAUCCAGUAAAAGAGAUGCUCCAGGGGCAUUAACCAAUGAAGAUGCACCAUGGGCUUGAGCCAAAAUGCAAAAUUUUAUUUCUGCUCUUGCUUAGAUGAUAGUUACACAAAUACAAAUAUAUGUGACAUGACAAGCAUGUGGGAUAUGACGGAGAAUUUUCUUAAGGUGGGUUCUGGAUGCAAAGCAGAAAAUUGUUGCACACUUUGAUUGGACGAAAAAUGGAUGUAUUUCUGUGCUGCGGCAACUAGAGGAAGCAUAUCACAAUGAUUGUCUACCCUUGUUCAUGGUCAAGGAGGCACAGCCGUUUAAGGUGAGGCAAUUUGCUGAGCAUACUUUCAUCCUGAAGUAGACAAGGAUCUGAUGAUCGUUGGUUUCAAUCCCGAUUUCUGACUGAUUAUGUUUCUACAUCAGCACCGUACCCAUACUUAGGGGUUUCACCAUAAUGGUUAUUGUUGAAACCUGCACCCAUCUGGGCUAUCAUCCCACAUUAAGCAUAUAUACAGUGAUAUAACUGAAAUACUGAGACCAAACUCACUCACUCUUUGUGGUCAUAGCUUCUGUCACUGUCACCUCAGUUCUACUUGCCUGGUCAUUUGUGUGCAUUGUGUGGCGGUUAAUUUCUGAUGGAGAUGGUGGAUGUGAUUGUGAUGAGAUUGAUUAUAAGGUGGAAUCAAACAAGUUGGACAGAAGUAGGACUCACGAGUAGGAGCAAGCAGGUUGUCUCAGCAGCCCGGGAUUUCUUCGUGUCUCAAGGUUGAAUAACUGUAGCAGCUAAAUCACAUUCUAGAAAACAUUUGUCUUCAUUUCAAGUGUUAUGUAUAAUUUCUGUCAAUUUUGAAGUGUUUUUCUGUAAUGUUUGUAUCUUAUAUUUAUAUGGAAUCUAAGGAUUUCCCAUGAGACACAUGGUACAAGUUUCUGUAAACAAAAGUCGACCAUUUGCAGUAGGUGUAUCUGUUUCACUUGUAUGUAUGGUGGGGUGUAGGUGGAUUUGAUUUUUAGUGUUUGAUUGUAAUUAUAGUUGAUUCAUGAAUGAUAUUUCCCGCUGAGCGAAUUAUCUAAGUUUCACAACUAUCAAAUAUAAGGAUAUUCUCUUUUUUUCAUAAAGGAUUAUUUUCCCAAUAAACUGUGAUUUUAUUUCAAAUGAGUGCUAUGCAUCAGAAAGAUGAUUAGUUUUAGUUUGCACACCAUGCCCACAGUUCAUCCUCCUUCUGAUAAGACUGUAGUCGUAGACCAGCUGAAGAUGUUUUACAUGACUUUGUGCCUAGCCAUAGUGCUAUAGGUGAAAUUUAAACCAAAGAAUGAACACCAGACAUAUCCAUGGAGGUGUCUGCAGGGUACCCAUUCUCACCAUGUUUCAAAACACAAAGCCAUUCCCUUCAAGGUGCAAGAUCAGGGCUGCUUUGGGUUUUUUAAAGCUAUGUGUGUGUUUUACAAAUUUUGAUAAACAUUCUACACACUAAAUGUUUUAACAAAUGCUUUUCACUGACAAGCAUGUUUAAUUUAAUGUGAAAUACACUUCGACAUCCAGAAUUAUGUCGCAGUCUUGCCCAAUGUUUGCAUGACUGACGAAGCCCUUCUCGUAUAGCCUGGUUUUCGCAGAAAAUGCAUAGUGUCAUAUUUAUGAUUUUCUAUUUGUUUAUGUGCAUAUUCUUACAGGAAAUUAUCCUUUGUCAAGGAGAAAACUUAUAUGAUUUAUAUUACCUAAAUUUGGAAAUUGAUCUUGCACCUAAAAGGAUCUCUGCCAUUGAUGGACUAACCAUAUGAUGGUUGACACUUGUCUGAGGAAGGGGGAUGUGACUUAGGGGAGACUUGCUUUGUUUUGUUGUUAUUUCCCUGUGACAAUUGGCAUGCAGCAGGUCAGCCAGGUGGAGUGAUGGCCCCUUGCUGGAGGAGGAGCCUGGUCUAUCUGUGGCCCAGGUGCCACUGCUUCCUGCCAUGCUGCUGCAUAUGGCAGGCAGUCUCUCACUGUCUAGGUCAACAUAGCCUUAGUUGCAAAUAAACAUUGACUUGCAAAUUA